GUAGAUAUACAACUAUACAGGUCCAAAAAGACGCGGGUACGAUUCCCGCAACACCAACCUUUGGUUCUCUCUCUUGUUGUGUGGAUUGGAUUCUUGGUGAAGAAAGAUGUCAGGUCCUCAGUGCUGUGACAAUCCACCCACCCUUUGCUCAAGCUGCGGGGAAGGGUCCGUUCUGGAACUAGGAGGCCUCAAGGCUUACGUUGCUGGCUCCCAAGAUUCUAAACGUGGAAUCCUUCUCGUUUCUGACAUAUUUGGAUAUGAAGCACCAAACUUGAGGAAGCUUGCAGAUAAAAUCGCAGCUGCUGGGUUCUAUGUGGUAGUUCCUGACUUCCUUUAUGGAGAUCCCUAUGUACCUGAUAAUGCUGAAAGGCCUUUACCAGUCUGGAUAAAAUCUCAUGGACCGGACAAAGCAUUUGAAGAUGCAAAACCUGUUAUUGAUGCUCUAAAAGUUAAAGGCAUAACUGCAAUUGGAGCUGCAGGAUUUUGCUGGGGUGCGAAAGUGGUUGUGCAACUAGCAAGGUUUGAUCAGAUUCAAGCUGCAGUGCUUUUACAUGCUUCAUUUGUCACGGUUGAUGAUAUCAAGGAGGUUAAGGUUCCCAUUGCUGUGCUUGGAGCUGAGAUUGAUAAGAUGUCUCCACCGGAACUCUUGAAACAGUUUGAGGAGGUUUUAUCUUCUAAAUCUGAGGUUGAUGGUUUUGUGAAGAUUUUUCCUGGGGUUGCACAUGGAUGGACAGUUAGGUACAGUGCUGAAGACAAGGCAGUCGUGAAGUCUGCUGAGGAGGCUCAUCGGGACAUGCUGGAGUGGUUUACCAAAUAUUGUUGAGAAAGAAGAUGCUGGACCAUAUUGUGGAAACACAUUAGACCAUUUAAAAUUGCUUUACGGUAUUGUUAAGAAGGGGAAAACAAAAGAUACUCACUGUGUUUGGUGUCCAAUGUUAUAGUUGAUUAGCUUAUUUGUUUUGUUUUUUUUUUUAA